AUGUACGUGAGGCUAAUCAUAUAUUUAGCUUUGGCUUUGGGGAUACAUUGUAUAUCGAUCACAGUUACAGUAAUAGUUCCUAGCAACCACUGCAUUCGUUGUAAUAUGGAAGGGGAAUCUCGUGGCACCAAUAGGCACCACAAGCGCACUAACUCGCUUGACCAGUUUGCAGAUCCCUUUUCUACUGCUGAAAUCUAUUAUGGGCCAGAAACAAAUCCCUCGCAGAGAAAUGACAAGGGACUUAAUCGAGUUAGAACAAUGAGUGUUAUUGGUAAUUCGUCACCAUUCAAGUUAGAGGACUAUGCUAAUCUCUCUAUCAGAAGACGUGGAUCAGAAGAUGAUAGCUUCAGAAGUACUAGGGGACGUCGGAUGUUCUUCAUAGAAGACGUGGACACAACUUUAGAGCAGCUCUUGAACCGUGAAGACACUGAUAAAAACUUCCAGAUCACUAUUGAAGACACUGGGCCUAAAACUAUCCGAAUCGGAACUGCGAACUCAAAUGGCUACAAAAACGUGAGCAUUUGGGGUAACUAUGUGCUCUCAAAUCUGCUGCAAGAACUGACGUUGGCCAAGAGUUUUGGCAGAAAACAAAUUGUUUUGGAUGAAGCUAGGCUGAAUGAAAAUCCAGUCAACAGGCUAGAGAGAUUGAUCGAAACUCAAUUUUGGAAAUCGCUCACGAGGAGAAUCGAUCUUUAUAACGUGGCAAAGAUAGCGUCAGACAAUAAAAUUGACACCCCAGCAGCAAAAGUCCCAAGAAUUUAUGUCCCUUAUAACUGUCCAGAUCAGUACGAAUUUUACAUCCAGGCAUCCCAAGUUAACCCAACUUCCAAUCUUGACGUGGAAUAUCUGCCCAAAGAUAUUACCCCAGAAUAUGUUAAAUCCAUUAACGAUAGACCAGGACUUUUAGCCCUUGCCAUGGAGAAGCACAUGAACCCAGCGACUGGCGAAGAAGUCAUGUUUAGUUAUCCAUAUGCAGUCCCUGGUGGUCGAUUCAACGAACUUUAUGGUUGGGAUUCAUAUCUCAUGGCGCUAGGACUUUUGAACAGCAACAAGGCAGAUGUUGCAAGGGGUAUGGUUGAGCACUUUAUUUUUGAGAUUGAACAUUAUGGGAAAAUUCUCAACGCUAAUAGAAGCUAUUAUUUGUGCAGAUCUCAACCACCCUUUUUGACGGACAUGGCACUCAAGGUUUUUGAGAAGAUGGGAGGCAGAAACAACCAAGAUGCAAUUUCCUUACUUAAGCGCUCAUUUGCAGCAGCCAUUAAAGAAUACAAAACGGUGUGGAUGGCAUCGCCAAGACUGGAUGACGAGACAGGACUUUCUUGUUAUCACCCUGAUGGACUCGGGAUCCCUCCCGAGACUGAACCAGGGCACUUUGAUGGUUUGCUGACCGCAUAUGCCCAGAAAUACAAUGUUACUAUUCCUCAGUUUAGGAAAAUGUAUAACGACGGCGAGAUUGAAGAGCCUGAGCUUGACGAAUACUUUUUACAUGACAGAGCUGUAAGGGAAUCAGGACACGAUACUACGUACCGGCUUGACGGUGUUUGUGGUCAUCUAGCAACUGUCGACCUAAACUCCCUGUUAUACAAGUACGAAGUUGAUAUUGCAGAACAUAUCCAACAAUUUCACGACGACGACUUCGUGGAUUUACUAGGAGAGCAUUCUGACUCGAGAUAUUGGAAAACACAAGCCCUGAAGAGAAAAGGUAGAAUGGCAAAGUAUCUGUGGGAUGAAGAAACCGGAUUUUUUUAUGAUUACCAUAUUAAAUUCAAAGAACGUAUGACCUACGAGUCCGCGACCACAUUCUGGGCAUUAUGGGCAGGCCUCGCCACAGAUGAGCAAGCUGUCUCUAUGGUAACCAAAGCUCUACCAAAACUGGAAAUGCUCGGUGGCCUAGUGUCUUGUUCAGAGAAGUCACGAGGCGAGGUUUCGAUUGACCGGCCAACCAGGCAGUGGGACUAUCCGUUUGGUUGGGCUCCUCAUCAAAUCUUGGCUUGGGAGGGACUCCAUCGGUAUGGCUUCCGCGGAGAAACCAAGCGUUUAGCUUAUAGAUGGCUAUUUUUGAUGACUAAGGCUUUUGUUGACUAUAAUGGAAUAGUAGUUGAAAAAUAUGAUGUCACGAGGGGCACGGAUCCUCAUAGGGUUGAGGCUGAGUAUGGAAAUCAAGGUGCGGACUUCAAGGGUGUUGCUACCGAGGGUUUCGGUUGGGUAAAUUCAAGUUAUGUUUUAGGCUUAAAAUACAUGGACACUCAUGCCAGAAGAGCGCUGGCAUCUUGUAUUUCACCUGACUCCUUUUUCGCAAACUUGAAACCUGAGCAACGGGAAACAUAUGCCUUGUGA